UGGGUUAUUUCUGCUAUCUGUCGCUCUUGGUGCUGCAGUGCUAACGGUUUGGCAGAUGGGACACUUUUUCUUGGAGUUUGUGACUUUGGUUUUUGACUUCUGGCAGCACCAGGCUUCUUGUUGACGCUCGUCCUCUCCCUCCCUGGCCCUCUGGGCACCAUGGCCCAUCGGCUUCGGUUUCAUUUUGGCUCAGGUCGCAGCAACACAGCCCCUGAAUCAGAGAUUCUAGACCAGGAGAGAGAAGACGACUUUUUCAUGGCAUUCCACACGCUCCCGCGGCGGAGCGGCCCUCACCCCUUCACCCCGAAUGGAGCAGAGGACGGCGGAGGCGGCCUGCAGGGAGGCAUGGGCGCGCUCAAGCGCAGCACGUCCAUGUUCAUCCCACAGCUCCUGAGCCCCUUCGACGCGCGGCCCACCCGGAGCUCGUCCGUGCAGAUCUCGCUGCAGCGCAAGGCGGCCGACGGGGCCCCUGACGGGUGCGGGCCGCCCGAGGCCCUGGACGGCGACGCGGGCUCGGUGCCUCGGGGCGGCUGUCCAGAGCCCCCGGAGCCCGGGAGUCCCGAGAGCUCCCCUCCCAGAGCGGCAAGGGUUCUGGGCCCGCAGGUCAAUGGUAUGUGUGGCCGCCAAGUGCCGGGCCCUGUAGCCCCCGACCGCCUCAAGGAGGCCGAGCCCUUGGCCGUCGGGAGCCGGGAGGGCGGCGGCAGGCUCCGCAUCCAGCACCGCGCCUCCAGUGCAGACGUGCGACAGGUGAGGCUGACGCCCUUCGGGGCCGACGGCCAGAGCGGCCCAUCGGCGCCGGAGCCCAGGCGCUGGUCCCUGCAGCAUGUUCCAGAUGCUUCUGGAAGUUCCGGGAAGCGGUGCUUUGUCUUCCAGUUGCAGCAGCCGCAAGCCGGCGCGCCAGGGCUGGCCGGUGACUUCAACUUCGGGUUCACUGGCACCAAGGGGGACAGGUUGGUGAGGUAUCCCCGCAUUCGUCUGGAGAGGAGCACUUCAUACCCCACGCAGCCCCGGGCCGAGCAUGGGAGCCCCACGGAAGAGCGCGGCCACCCGGAGACGCCACCUCGGGGCCGCAGGGUGGCUCCCGAAAUCCACAGGACCAACUCCGUGGAAAGGACGCCACAGGGUCAGGGCUGCACGUUUAAGAUCAGGCAAGAUCAAAAUGCGGGGCAACAGCAUUUCAGAAUUCUUGUGACUCGGGGGCCAGAGGAAGCCCCUCUGAGUCCCGAGGAGAAUAACGCUGCCAGCCCUGGUUCCACGGGAGCCUGCGCCUCGACACGAGACGACUUCCUGGGACAGGUGGACAUACCCCUUAGUCAUCUCCCGACAGAAGAUCCAACGAUGGAGCGACCCUACACAUUUAAGGAUUUUCUCCUCCGACCAAGAAGUCAUAAAUCUCGAGUUAAGGGAUUUUUGCGAUUGAAAAUGGCCUAUAUGCCCAAAAACGGAGGUCAAGAUGAAGAAAACAGCGAGCAGAGGGAUGAGAUGGAGCCCGGCUGGGAAGUUGUUGACUCGAAUGACUCGGCAUCUCAGCACCAGGAGGAACUUCCCCCCCCUCCCCUGCCCCCCGGGUGGGAAGAAAAGGUGGACAACUUGGGUCGCACUUACUAUGUCAACCACAACAACCGGACCACCCAGUGGCACCGACCCAGCCUAAUGGAUGUGUCCUCCGAGUCCGACAGCAACAUCCGGCAGAUCAACCAGGAGGCAGCGCAUCGGCGCUUCCGCUCACGCAGACACAUCAGCGAGGAUCUGGAGGUGGAGCCCGGUGAGGGCGGAGACGGCCCUGAGCCUUGGGAGACCAUUUCGGAAGAAGUGAGCAUCAGUGGAGACUCCCUCAGCCUGGUGCUGCCUCCACCACCAGCCUCGCCUGUGUCUCGGACCAGCCCCCAGGAGCUGUCUGAGGAACUGAGCAGACGGCUUCAGAUCACUCCGGACUCCAACGGGGAGCAGUUUGGUUCUUUGAUUCAGAGAGAGCCUUCCUCGAGGUUGAGGUCCUGCAGUGUCACCGACGCAGUCGCAGAGCAGGCUCAUCUGCCUCCGCCCAGUGCCCCAGCUGGGAGAGCACGUUCAUCAACUGUCACGGGUGGUGAGGCGCCAACGCCAUCAGUGGCCUAUGUACAUACCACGCCGGGCCUACCUUCAGGCUGGGAAGAGAGAAAAGAUGCUAAGGGACGCACAUACUAUGUCAAUCAUAACAAUCGAACCACAACUUGGACUCGACCUAUCAUGCAGCUUGCAGAAGACGGUGCAUCCGGAUCCGCCACAAACAGUAACAACCAUCUAAUCGAGCCUCAGAUCCGCCGGCCUCGUAGCCUCAGUUCGCCAACAGUAACUUUAUCUGCCCCACUGGAGGGUGCCAAGGAUUCACCCAUACGUCGGGCUGUGAAAGAUACCCUUUCCAAUCCACAGUCCCCACAGCCAUCACCUUACAACUCCCCCAAACCACAACACAAAGUCACACAGAGCUUCCUGCCGCCCGGCUGGGAAAUGAGGAUAGCGCCCAACGGCCGGCCCUUCUUCAUUGACCAUAACACAAAGACUACAACAUGGGAAGACCCACGCCUGAAAUUUCCAGUGCAUAUGCGGUCAAAGGCAUCUUUAAACCCCAAUGACCUUGGCCCUCUUCCUCCUGGUUGGGAAGAAAGAAUUCACUUGGAUGGCCGAACGUUUUACAUUGAUCAUAGCAGCCAGGUGUUAUGUGGCGAGGAUGAUACCAGAGACUCAGUGCCCUCGUACGAUAGCAAAAUUACUCAGUGGGAAGACCCAAGACUGCAGAAUCCAGCUAUUACUGGUCCGGCUGUUCCUUACUCCAGAGAAUUUAAGCAGAAAUAUGACUACUUUAGGAAGAAAUUAAAGAAACCUGCUGAUAUUCCAAAUAGGUUUGAAAUGAAACUUCACAGAAAUAACAUAUUUGAAGAAUCCUAUCGGAGAAUCAUGUCUGUGAAAAGACCAGAUGUCCUGAAAGCUAGGCUGUGGAUUGAAUUUGAAUCAGAAAAAGGUCUGGACUACGGGGGCGUGGCCAGAGAAUGGUUCUUCCUACUGUCCAAAGAGAUGUUCAACCCCUAUUAUGGUCUGUUCGAGUACUCUGCAACGGACAACUACACACUUCAGAUCAAUCCCAAUUCAGGCCUCUGUAAUGAAGAUCAUUUGUCCUAUUUCACUUUUAUUGGAAGAGUUGCUGGUCUGGCAGUAUUUCAUGGGAAACUUUUAGAUGGUUUCUUCAUUCGACCGUUUUACAAAAUGAUGCUGGGGAAGCAGAUAACUCUGAAUGACAUGGAGUCUGUGGAUAGUGAAUACUACAACUCUUUGAAAUGGAUCUUAGAAAACGAUCCGACUGAACUGGACCUUAUGUUUUGCAUUGAUGAAGAAAACUUUGGGCAGACAUAUCAAGUGGAUCUGAAGCCCAAUGGGUCAGAAAUAAUGGUAACAAAUGAAAACAAAAGGGAAUACAUUGACCUAGUCAUCCAGUGGAGAUUUGUGAACAGGGUCCAAAAGCAAAUGAACGCCUUCUUGGAGGGAUUCACGGAACUGCUUCCUAUUGAUUUGAUUAAAAUUUUUGAUGAAAAUGAACUGGAGUUGCUGAUGUGCGGCCUUGGCGACGUGGAUGUGAACGACUGGCGACAACAUUCUAUUUACAAGAACGGCUACUGCCCGAACCACCCUGUGAUUCAGUGGUUCUGGAAGGCUGUGCUGCUGAUGGACGCUGAAAAGCGUAUCCGGUUACUCCAGUUUGUCACGGGGACGUCCCGAGUCCCUAUGAAUGGAUUUGCCGAACUUUACGGUUCCAAUGGUCCUCAGCUGUUUACAAUAGAGCAAUGGGGAAGUCCUGAAAAACUGCCCAGAGCUCACACAUGCUUUAAUCGCCUUGACUUACCUCCAUAUGAAACCUUUGAAGAUUUACGAGAGAAGCUUCUCAUGGCUGUGGAAAAUGCCCAAGGAUUCGAGGGGGUGGAUUAAGUGCCCCCGGCCUCGGGAGGGUUGUUCUUCACGCAAGUCCUGCUUGCACUUUUGCAUUCGCCUAACAGACUCUGCAGAGAUGCUGGCAGAGAGCAGCGCACGGCGCGGACUCCUGGAGCAGAGCCUUCGCCCGCGACUUGCCCACGCGCCAACAUGGGAACCCAGUCCCAGGUCGCGUUCCUGCAUUUUCCACCACAGAUUACCAACUGGUUGAUGUGUAUACUAAUUACAUUUUAGGAGGACUUAUUCUAUUUAUGUUGUGCCUCUGUAGGCCAAGCCCUUAAUAAAUAUUUUACAUACUUUAUAA